ACAGGAAAAAAACAACAGCUGGACCAAAGAGCUGCACAGAUUUGCACAGAGUGCAUGUUGAAAUAGUUUGACACCGUCUAUUUCCAGAAAUUAACUACACUCAAUAUUGAACAAUAUGUUGCCUGCUGGCACCGUUCCGAGAUCCUGAAUAACUUUACAGCCACAUAUCUCUGCUUAUCUUCGGGGGAAAGUGUGGCGGCAACUCUGCAAAGCGCACGGGCCGUUAAUAGGGCUCUAGCGAGCACUCGGCGUGGCAUGUGUCCGGGAAUGAGGGCGCCAUGAACGGCCCGGAGCUGACUGAGCUGGCGGACGAGUCGGAGGAGCUGGUCCCGUACGUGAGCUCUCUCCGCCGGGCAGCGCUGCAGGCCCCAGAGCUGACCGGGGUCCGCGCGCUCUCACACGGCUUCCUGCUCAAGUUCCUCCGCGCGCGGGACUUCGACGUGGAGCUCGCGCUGAAGCUGCUGCUGAACUACCAGCACUGGAGGAGGGACAGUCCUGAGAUCAGCUCGUGCCUGUCCCCUGUCUCUGUCCUGGGGCUGCUCAGAGAGGACUACCACAGCGUCCUGCCUCUGAGGGAUCACAGCGGCAGCAGAGUGCUCCUCUACAGAAUCGGUCAGUGGAAUCCUAAAGACUGGUCGGCCAUCCAGGUGUUCCGGGUCAGCCUCAUGACAUCAGAGGUCAUCGCCAGGGAGACCCAGACUCAGAGGCGGGGCCUAAAGGUCAUCUUCGACCUCCAGGGCUGGUGUUUAGGCCACGCCCUCCAGGUUACACCCUCACUGGCCCGCAAGAUCUCUUCUGUGCUCUCGGAUGCGUUCCCUCUGAAGGUGCGGGGAAUUCACCUGCUCAACGUGCCUCUGUUCUUCCGCCCGGUGCUGGCCAUGAUCAGACCCUUCCUCCCCGACAAGAUCCGACAGAGGAUCCAUGUACACGGUUCGGACUACACUGACUCUCUGUUGGACUUUUUCUCGGCUCCAGUGCUGCCACUGGAGUAUGGAGGGGAGGGGCCAAGCAUCCAGGAGGUCUGUCAGGCCUGGACCAAUCAGCUGCUGCAGUCUGAGAGCAUUCUGCAGAAGGUCGCGGCUCACCCAGCAGGAGACAUUGACGUUACCCCUGACAACGCUACCUCCGAGGGAGUGGAGAUCAGGAUGGACUGAGGAGGCAUUUUUUGUGUCUGUGUAGUCUAUACAGUUUAGACGCAAAUGUGUUACUGAAAAAUCUACUCUCCUAUACAUGUUACUAGUGUCCAUUUUAGUUAAGUGUAACAGUGCAUGUAAAGGAGACAUAUGAUGCAUUCUUGCCAUUUAACUCUCUUUUAAUUAUGUUUUUGGUCACCUAAGGAAAAGUAUUUUACAUUUUCUAACUUAAAAGUUCUAUAUUAUGCAGAAUUGACUCAUGAGGUUUUAGGCAUGUUAGAAUGUAUUUACUUCUUCAAAACAUACCUGGAGUUGUGUUUUGUUUCAUUCAUACUUGUAUGGGUAACGCUGCAUCUCAAAAGCUCAAAAUGCUGUUUCACCUUGUGAUGUCAUUCAGUGGUAGUUUUAGAGUUAACAGAUAUUUUAGCCUCAAAAUAUGAACUGAACUGCUUUACUCUAUAAUACACUAGAACCUUAACCUUUUAAAAAUAUUUUUGUUUUAUCUUUUGUUCGGUUGAGAUAGACACCAAAAAUCUACAAUAUCUUCUGGGGCAAUGAGAAGCGUUUCUGGCAACUAUAGCCCCAAAAUUUGGCAAUUCCAUGACUGAAAAUGUUCAACUAAUUCUGUUUAAAGUGUAUGGAGUUUGAAAACACAGUGGAGCACUUCCUGUAUUACCACUUGACAGCAUAAGACAGUGUUUUCUGUUUGAGAGAAGAACACAGCCUAAAUAUGCAGGAUUAGUGUGUUAAAUGUGUGAAUGAAACAAAACACAACUCCAGGGGUGUUUUUGAUGAGGUUACAAGAUCACUUAAAUAAAAAAAAAAACGGCAAUAUACAGUAUAGACUCUUUAAAUAAUGUCUAUAUUUGGAAAUCGUGUUUUAUAAACUAAAGAAACUAAACAGUUGAAGUCCUUAUCCCCCAUGACUGCUAUGCUAAACGAGCCAUGCAUUCACAGUGCUGGUUUAUGGUUUUAAAAACUGCACAGAAGUCUGGAGUUUUAUCUAUGACUUCACUAUCUGUGCUAACUUUUGAUUAAUGAAGUAACGAAACAAGUGUGAAUGAAACAAAAUACAACUUUAGGUUUGUUUUUGAUGAGGGGACGACAGUAUAACAUGGUUAAAAGGUCAAAAAAUCCUCUCUCUCCCUCUUUCUGUAUUUCUCUCUCACUCCCUUUUUCUGUAUUUCUCUCUCUUUCUGGAUUGUGACUAAUAUGAACAAAUACUUUUUAUUGUCUUUUUACAUGUUUAUUAUUUACAUCUUUUGUGCAAUGUUUUAAUUUUGUACCCUCUAUGUUUUAACUGUGAAAUCUUGUUUUUUUAUCUUUUUAAUUCCAAUGCACUUUUUAAUAUUUGCAUAAAUGAAGUUUAGCAAUAAUUUUGAUAUAAUAAUUCAUUAAUGUCAAAUUUUAUAUUCUUCAAAUAUAUGGAAAAGGGAAAAAUAAAGAGACUUGUUAUAAUG